AUGGAGGAGGAUCUAAGUGCAAGAGGAUUACCACAGAUUGCUUCAAUCUUGAGUAGAGUUAGAGAUCUGAAAAACAAGUACAAAAAUGAAGACAAUGUCACAGAUGAAUUUAACUGUACUAAAAUAUCAGCUGAUACAACAGAUAACUCCGGAACUGUUAAUCGAAUAAUGAUGACAAAUAAUCCAGAAGAUUGGCUGAGUUUCUUGCUUAGGCUGGAGAAAAAGGGUAUUCCUCAGAUGGACACUGCUCUGCUCAAUCGACUCAUUGGUCGUUACAGUCAAGCUGUAACUGCGUUACCUGCAGAAAAGCACAGUCAAGAUGAGAGCUACGCUCGCAUCCUCGUGCGAUUUGCUGAGCUGAAAGCUUUUCAAGACCCAGAGGAGGCACGUGACCAGUUUCACUUGGCCAGACUAAAUUGCAAGAAGUUUGCUUUUGUGCAUGUGGCUUUUGCACAGUUUGAGCUAUCACAAGGAAAUAGGAAGAAGUGUAAGCAGCUUCUUCAGAAAGCUGUGGACUCUUGUGCUGUUCCGUUAGAAAUGUUGGAGACUGCUCUGAAAAACUUUAAUUCACAAAAGAAGCAGUUGCUUUCAGAUGAGGAGAAGGAGAACUUGGCAGUAUCAAGCACACAAUCGUCUGGUCUUCAGAACGUGUUUGGAAAUCUCAAAAGUAGAAAAAUGAGUGAUUCUGAAAAUUCUUACAUUGCUACUCCUGGGUAAGGCAGGGAGAAAUUGCAGGAGUUUGAUGCUAAUUUGGGCUGCUAUAAUCCACUAAGACCAUUAUCCAAAUCUAAUCAGGCCUGCCCUUUUGGGAGGGUUCCUGUUAAACUUGUAACUGAUACUGAUGAUGAUGAUGAUGAUGUAAAGAAGGUGGAUGUCCCGCUUACAGCUAGUGUUAUGAAGAGGCAAAUAUCCAGCUCAAAAUCUACAGCCUUGAUUGCACAUUUUCCACUAUCUGAACCAAAAUCUAGUGAGGAUGAUUCAUAUGACCUGGGAGACUUAAAGUCUUUAGAAGACAAAAACUCUGUAAAGUUGCAGAUGCAGUUGGAUGAGGACAGUUUAGAAACUGCUACUAGUUCAACUAUAACUCUCAAACCAAAAAUGGAUGCAAGUCUGGCAACAAAAAAAGAAGAAAACAAAAUCCAGUAUCACGAGCUGAAGAUACCAGAGCCAAGAAGUCUAGAAAGCCAACAGCAACAAUCAAGUUCUGCUGAAGGUUAUAGGAAGCAAAUAGAUCGGAUAAAACUGAGCUGUGUUAACUCCAGGAGAAAAUGGCCAGUUCAAGAAGUCACUCAGAAAAGUUUCUGUAAACAGGGAAAGCAGUCGAGUUUUGAACAAACUAGUCAUCCAACUUCAAAAGAAUUAUCACCAUCAGAUACUGUUUCAAAGAAGAAUGAUCCACUGCAUGUUUGUGGCACACCAAGCACCACAUUUAUUGAUUACAUGGACUGUUUCAGAACACCAGUUGUGAAGAAUAACUUUCCACCAGGAUGUCAAAUUUCUACUCCAUUUGGUCAGCUACCACAUUUCCUACCACAUACUCCAGCAACUCCAUUUCAAAAUCAGAUUGGUGUGCAGGUUUCAGCCUCUAUACCUUCAAACGAAUGUCUUGCUGUCAAAGGAAAAGUAUAUACAAUAUUAAAGCAAAUAGGUAGUGGAGGCUCAAGUAAGGUGUUUCAAGUAUUGAAUGAAAAGAAGCAGCUGUAUGCUGUCAAAUACGUGAAUCUAGAAGAAGCUGAUCAGCAGACUGUUGAGAGCUAUAAGAAUGAAAUUGCUCAUCUGAGUAAACUCCAGCAACACAGUGAUAAGAUCAUCCGUCUUUAUGGCUAUGAGAUUACUGACCAUCAUAUCUACAUGGUAAUGGAGUGUGGAAAUAUUGAUCUCAACAGUUGGCUUAAAAAGAAAAAAAACAUUGAUCCAUUGGAGCGAAAGAGCUACUGGAAAAAUAUGCUGGAAGCUGUUCACACAAUCCAUGAAUAUGGUAUUAUUCACAGUGAUCUGAAACCAGCAAACUUUCUGAUAGUGGAUGGAAUGUUAAAACUGAUUGACUUUGGCAUUGCAAACCAAAUGCAGCCAGAUGUGACCAGCAUUGUUAAAGAUUCUCAGGUUGGCACAAUGAAUUACAUGCCUCCAGAAGCAAUAAAAGAUAUGUCUUCCUAUGGAGAAAAUGGGAAAUCUCGAUCUAAGAUAAGUCCAAAAAGUGAUGUGUGGUCACUGGGAUGCAUUUUGUAUUGUAUGACAUAUGGAAGGACUCCCUUUCAACAUAUAACAAAUUCAAUCAAUAAACUGCAUGCUAUUAUUGAUCCUAGCUACGAAAUAGAAUUUCCAGAUAUUGCUGAGAAAGAUCUUCAAGAUGUGCUAAAGCGCUGUUUAAUAAGAAACCCCAAGCAAAGAAUAUCUGUUUCGGAGUUGCUGGUACAUCCCUAUGUUCAAAUUCAAACUCAUUCUCAAACAGGUGUCCCAAAUGCAAAAGGAACAUCAGAGGAAAUGAAGCGUAUCCUUGGCCAACUUGUUGGUUUGAAUUCUCCAAACACAAUUUCUAGAGCUGCAAGGACUUUAUAUGAACAGUGCAACAGUGGUAAAAGUCUUGAUGUGUCUGCAUUUGCAAAACUUGGAAGUCAAAAAUCAUGGACAACAAAGUAA